UUUUUUUUCGUUCAGAACGACAAACUGUCCGAUUACCUUACGGAUACCCAACAGCUUCUAAAAGAUUCUCGUAAGAAAACGGAUGAUUCGCGAAAGGCCGCCACCGGACUAUCCACCUUGAGACUCGAAGGGCUUAUCAAAGCACUGUCGGAUGGACGUGAAAAGGCUUUAGAUGAACAUAGAAUUGUCAACGAAACGCUGCUGGAAGUGAGAAAUCUCACGGAACAAGCGAAAGAUUCGCGUGAGGCUAUAGGCAAUUCAAUGGCUAAUAUUGCUGAAAUCAGAGCCGAACUGGCCGAAGCGACCGAACCAAAGCGAGAAAAGCGAGCGAUAUCGUUCGAUAAGGGCCCCGUCAACAUAAGAGUGGGAGAGCUGGAAGCUGAAGCAAAUCGGCUUAAUGAUACAUUUGGCGACACUAGAAUGGAGUCACAGAACGCUGUAGAAGCUGCUUCUGCUUACGCCAACAUCACAGAAUCCCUCAAGACUGCGCAAGAGAAAGCCCAAUGGACCAUAGAUGAAUUAGCCAAACUCAAAAACAAAGUUGAUGAAAAUAACGAAGGCGUGAAAAAUGCCCUAAAUCAAUCAUCUGUACUAAUACGUCAAAUCUCGGAUCUUCAACAAGACACCCUAAAUGGCCUAAAAAGGGAAGCUGAAGAUACGGAAAAGAGAAUUGAGAGGGCUUCCACAGCUGUGGAGGGAAUGCGUCGGACUUUAGAAGGAAUGCGAACAUCUCUAAAAUCGCCCCUAAAUGAAUCCGCAUUCGAUGACGUAGAGAAAUCAGCUGACCAUGUGAAUAGCCUGCUUGUUGAUUCAGCCAAGGUAAGUAGGAUCAAAAUAAACUAG